UAUAGCAACACCCGCCAAAUACCAGUGACCACGUGCUCGUUUGCUUUGCUUUGUCAGCACAGACUGUCCAGUGGUCAUGAGACGGAACUCAAAGAGAAAAAGCAACCAAUCUAUUCGAUACCCGUCCCAACAACAGCCAUCAUCAAAAAGACAAAAGACAUCUUUUGUGAGUGAGAGCUACUUAUCAACUCUCAGUGCUGCUGGAGUGACGCUACAUGAAAACUCACCUCCUGUUUUAAACACUAGUGCGCAAGAAUUCAAACACCAACUCACCAAAUCCCUCAGUACAUUAGGGAAUGUACCGUCAGAGGAAUCAGUUGCUGAGUUUGUUAAAGGUUACGAGCAAUACGUCAUGGAAUCAGAGAGGCUUCUCUUUAGUCUCCAACCAAUGAAAAAUAACAUUGACACAGAAAGCAGUUCAAUCAGUUUUAGUCGCGUGUUACUAAAUAUAGACUGUCUCCAAACAAAAAUUGCACUGAUCCUUAUUGAGAAGCUCUUGGAAUUUGCUGACACUUUUGGUGUGGAUGCAAGAUAUUGUGAUGUCCCCAAGCUAAUACUCAUUCAGCUUCACUGGUUGGAUAUCAUUAUCGAAGAGAAGGUUAUAUUCGACAAGUUAUUUGAAGUUCUUGAUGUUCUUCCCGAAGACAUUCAACGAGACAUUGUGCAGCUGUUGCCAGAAAUUAUUAUUUCAUAUGAUGAAUCUGAACUAGCAAAAAAGCUACAAGAGCUCCUAGAGAAUCAGAGUCAUUUAGUAGCUGCCUGCAUUGAAGCUUUAUCUAAUUUGAACAUACCGUCUGAUUUAUCAGAAGAAAUAUUGGAGUCGGCAUUGGAGAGGAUCUCAUCUUGUAGUGUCCCUGAUUUACCAUUACUCAUUAACUAUAUCUCGAGUCAAGUUACAUCUAAAAACCAUAUCAAGGUGAUAGGAGAAUUGAGACAAAGACUGGAUGUUGAGACAUGUCUAUUGACUAGACCCAAUGCAUCAUCUACUCCUGUACCCACACUAACUAACAGUGGUAACAGUACCAGUUAUGCUAUACUAAACUCCAUCUGCUCAUCACUCCAAUAUGUAAAGCAUGUCCCCGAUGCUUGGAUAAAGGUAAUUGGUUCUGUUGAUGAUGAGUCCUCUCAUUCCUCAUUGGACCUGUUCAUAUUGUGUAUCAUUAAUGAGAUUACUGCCAAGAGGAAGGCUGUCUUUGAUCUGGUGAUAGCUAAAGUUAAGAGUGGGCUCUUUAGCGCGGAGCUGGUCGAUGAACUAUUUAAUUCCCAACUUUCAAGUGUCCCAGUCAUAUUCCCGAGCACAUUGGCCCUCUGUUCAAAGCUCAUUAGUCACUCAUCAAACGAGCUUGUCCUUUCCUUUGUAAAGAGCCUAUACUUUCUCCUCUUCACCAGUUUCGAUGCCAUCAAACAAAAGGAAGUGAUAGUAUCAUUGAUUGAUACCAUUGGCAGUGGGAUCAGUCACAACAGAGACUGUGUGUUGAGUGUAUUGGAACUGCUUGUUGAUAAGUCUCUGCAUCAAAUGAUCAAGUUUUCAGUAUUUAUUAAAAGUGUUCUUGAUUAUUUGAAUCAGUUCAGUUUGCCUCAAGUGAGGAGACUCUAUGCAAUCCUCAGUACACUGACCUGCUCCUCUGGUUCUCCCCUCACUGGCUCUGUUAGUGAUGAGUUUCAUUCUAUCAUUAGGAAGCAGCUCCACCAUCAUGAACCACUGUUUCAUCAGAUGGGUAUCAUUGGUGCUGUGGUAAUGAUAAAACAACUUACUUCUAAAGGAAAUAUUCAUGAAACAACUAUAAAUACGAGAGAUACCAGCUUAUCAACACACAGCCUGUCUCAAGCUAAGCUAAUGCUUGAACAAGUGAUCAAUGCUUGUACUGACCUGUCAUCUUUUUAUGAAGAAAUGGCAAGUGUUGUCUCUGAGAGAGAAAUCCACAAUGACUUUCUAAAAUAUCUUCUUGAAGAAGUCACUGGUAAAUUCCAAGAGAUAUAUGUCAUUGAAGCUGUUGACCUCACGACUCAAAGUGAUGCCAGUGGUGGACUGUCUACAAAGCAGCAGUUUAAUUUGGAUCCAAUUGCAGCAGAUGGUGACUCUGACCCUAUAGCAGUGGAGCUGUUUGAUCUAUUAAAAUCCUCUUCAGCACAAAAAUCAACUCUUGCUGCAUCCCUUCCUUCUCAUUUCAAGUUACUGAGGACGUGUGAGCAAGUACUUAAUGGAGGACUGGAAGAAGUGGAUGCUUUGUUAGGAUGCCCCAUUGUGUUGUGCAGUCCAUCUAAACUAGAGAAGGACUUAUUUGAAGAGCUCUCCAUGCAUGAAAGACAGUUAAUAUGUUCCUCACUGGUACACACUAUAAACUGGUUCAGGGAACUGGUAUCUUCAUUUGCUUCAGAGUCUGAUAAAGAGAUGAACUGGAAGGUUCUGAUGAGGAUUAAGAAUAUUUGUUCACUACAGGAUCAACUCAAAUCACUUUUAACUGUGACAAGUGGUCCAUUCCCUACUCUCGAUGUUAGUACCAGUUCUAUUAUUAGUAACACAGACAAACGUACCAGUAGCAAGACCCAGAAGGAUCAGUCUGUUCUUGUGACACAAAUGAAUCAAAGUAUGGCACCUACUGCAGCUACAGCCACUGGAAAGGAUCACAAUGACACAGUAUCUGUUAAGAAAGGAGGAGGAGGAGGAGGGAACUUGCUUUAUGACAGAUUUCAGCUUUUAUUUAGGCCAUUAGAGAUGUCAGCUUACAGAGCUCUAGGAUACAAAGCUAUAUCACGUUCAUUGGUUGAUACACACAUGCAACCACUGGAGUCUCAGAGUGUAAAGUUGAAACCGUCAGAGCUUCUGUUCCUCUUGGAGAGCCUUAAGAGAUCCCUCCCGAAAGGAAGUUUUGGUUUCAAGGCAAGAAUUAACAAUGAAGAGAAGAAGAGAUUUGUGGCAAGUUUUGUUGAGAACGGAAUACUUGAUUCACUAUGUAAUCACCUUGAAGAGCUCCACAAAAUAGAGGAUGAGCAUGAUGAAGAUCUUGAUAUUAUUUACUCCUGCAUGUUGUCCCUGUACAGCAUAAUGUCUUCAUUCUUUAGUCUUCCUUUCACCAAUGAAUCAUUGAUUGAAUCUUUAAAAGUUUUAUCGAAUCGUUCUUUGGAACUCUCCUCUAGUCAGAUCUUUGACAUUGAUUCUAUAGCAGGCUCAGCUAUAGUGUAUUGCCAGACUUUUAUUGGUCGUAUUCCUAAUCUCACCAUAGCAGCUGCUUACUGUAAGCUGCUCGUGUCAAUUGCAAAAGCUUCCUCCAACGGAUUGAAAAUAAAUAUUAGUAAAAGCUGUGAGAAGCUUUUAAAUGUUAAUUGGGAUGAGUUGAAGGGAGUCACUCACAAGAAUGAUAGUCUUGAGUUUGUCAUCAAGUAUUAUAUAGAAUAUGCUAGUAAUCCAGUGGGUGUAGUUGAAGAGCUCUGCACUGAAGUUAUUACUGAACUGAUAGAAGUAGAAGAAGAAGAGGCAUGUAUUCAUCAAUCAACAAAGAUACCAACACUCAGCCUGACUACAUUUUCUUGUUAUUUCCGGUGUAUGAUGAAUGCUAUCAACAAUCAUGCUAAGAGUACACUUAAUAAAAACGUGACUUUAUCACAGAAUCAGUUGUCUGGUUUAAUGACACUGGAACAGUGCAGCAGAGUUAUGAACAUGCUCAUGAACUAUGUAAAGUCUUUUGAUUCCAAGCCAGUAAUUGCUGCUGGUCUAAAGCUUGGUAUGACAUUUGUUGAGAUUUUCUCUAAGCAAGGCCUACCACUCAUUAAAGCAUCUUUCAAGACAAGAAAAGAUAAUGUGCUCCAGAUUAUAAAGAUAUUUCAAAAGACCACAAGGCUAUUGCAGAACUACUGUGGUCACUCAAAGGUUGUGGCUAACCCAUUGCUUACUAAUUAUGUCCCUAAAGUAAAGAGAGCUCUGGAAACUUUUGUAUUUGAAGUAAAGGAGGUACUGGUUCUUAAUGGUUGUUCUGAGGCAUUUGGGGUCAAAAACUUAAAGAACAGAACACUCAAGGGAGAUGAGAUACUAACUCAAUCUCAAGUUACCAAUGAUAGUCAAGAGGUGGAGGAGGAGGAGGAGAGAGAAGAAGAAGAAGAGGAAGAAGAAGAAAUUGAUGAAUCAUAAAGAAUAAAGAGUGUUUUAUGUUUUUGCUGUAUUCAUUAAA